UGAAAAUUGAACUACUAAUCAACAUAACCUUAAAUAUGUAUUGAUUUUGAAGACAAGGAUUGCUUUAUAACUAUUUUAAAAACAAUGUCCCUUCAGUCCAAAGUGGUACUAGGUGCUGCUUGUAUGUUUUCAAUUGGAAUUAUUGGUUAUGUACAUUAUAAGCAGCAUAUUGACAGGGAGCUGUUACAUGUAGGGGUGUUAAAAGACGUCGAGAGGAGACAGAGGCGUAAAGCAGAAAAUCUUUACAUUUUACAGAAACAAAUCGACUUUACAAAGGAACUGAAGAAAGAAAACACUGAGAGAUGUGCAUAUACAUACAAUAUCUAUAAUAUACAUUAAUCUAAGAUUU